AAAUCCCUCUGAUUUGCCCUCUGCCUCAAACUCCCAUCUCCGCCCUCUCCACCAUACUAUUCUUGGCAUCCAUCUUCCAUACCCACAAACCCUCCAUUCCUUUCCAAGCCUUUCUAUGUCCCCAAAUCCAUUCAACAACCAAUUAUUUUCCAAUCCUUGCGAAGCCCCUCUCUCUCGCUUGCCUCGCCGGCGCCGCGCACGCCACCGCCCCGGUGUGCGCACCGCCGGAAUACACACACACACACACAGAUAUAUAUUAAUGGCAUAUAAGCGGCCACUUUUUGUGGUCCUUGUUGUCUUCUGCUUGCAAGUCAUCCCUUCUUCCUGUAGAUCUGAGUCCGAAAUCCUCCUGGAAUUGAAGAAAUCUGUCGAAGGCAACAAUGCCGCUUUAUCAGGUUGGAACACCACUACGCCGCCUUGUUCCGGCGACAAGAGGAAUUGGGCCGGCAUUCUUUGCUCGCAAGGGCGUGUUUGGGGCCUGAAGCUGGAGAAUUUGGGACUUUCCGGCCACAUUAACCUCGAAGUUCUCCAGGAAUUGACUUCUCUGAAAGCCAUCAGUCUGAUGAAGAACGAGUUCACCGGCGGCUUGCCGAACCUGAGGAAGCUCGGCACGCUGAAGUCACUUUACCUGUCGGAUAACAAGUUCUCCGGCGAGAUUGAGGCCGACGCUUUUAUGGGCAUGGUGUCAUUGAAGAAGCUUCAUUUGGCGAACAAUAUGUUCACUGGUUCGAUCCCAUUGUCGCUGACGAUUCUGCCGAAGCUGGUGGAGUUGAGCCUCGAAGGGAACCGAUUCGAAGGGGAGAUUCCAGAUUUCAAGCUCAGCAUUAUGAGAUCUUUCAACGUAUCUAACAAUCAACUCGAAGGUCCCAUUCCUCCAAGCCUCGCCAAGCUUCAUGCCACCUCGUUUCAAGGCAAUGAAAAUCUUUGUGGAGGACCACUCCAACCAUGUCCGUCCAAGUCAGGGCUAACUGCGGCGACGAUCGUUGUGUUGGUGGCGGCCGUGCUGGCUGCUCUUGCAGUCAUAGCGGCGAUUUUUAUAAUCCUUAGGCGGCGUCAAGCACCCGCCGAAACACAUCCGGCUCCGGCGACAAUGCCGACACACCGAAAGGUAGCCUCGGGCGGCGGCGACUUGGACAAGAUGGAGCGUGGCGCAUCGAGUCCACAGCCGACAACCGCCGGCAAGCCGAAGGCGGAGAACGGCCCGAAGCUGACGUUUCUGAGGGACGACGCCGAGAAGUUCGAUCUCGGCGAGUUGCUGAAGGCGUCGGCCGAAGUUUUGGGGAGCGGGUACUUCGGAGCUUCUUACAAAACGGGCCUUCCGACGGGGAAAACCAAGGUGGUGAAGAGGUACAGGCACAUGAACAAUGUGGGAAGAGAAGAGUUUCAGGAGCACAUGAGAAGGCUGGGCAGGCUGAGCCACCCUAACUUGCUCCCCAUUUUGGCUUUCUACUAUAGGAAGGAGGAGAAGCUCUUGGUCACUGACCAUGUUGACAAUGUCAGCUUGGCCAUCCAUCUCCAUGGCAACCGAUCUCGUGGCCACACAAGCCCAGAUUGGCCAACCCGACUGAGAAUCAUCAAAGGGAUAGCCAAAGGUCUUCUCUAUCUCUACAACGAGCUGCCCAGCCUCGUCGCCCCACAUGGCCACCUCAAAUCUUCAAACGUUCUUCUCAACAAAUCCUUCGAGCCUCUCCUCACCGAUUACGGCCUCGUCCCAGUCGUCAACCAAGAACACGCCGAAAAACUCAUGGUCGCCCACAAAUCGCCGGAGUACCAGCAAACCAAACGGAUCACCAAGAAAACCGACGUCUGGAGCCUCGGAAUUAUCAUCUUGGAGACUCUAACCGGCAAGUUCCCGGCCAACUAUCUGCAACAAGAAGGGAAGGAGAGCGACCCCGACCUGGCGACGUGGGUGAACUCCGUUCUCCGGCAAGAAUCCUCCCCCGGCGAAGUGUUCGACAAAGACCUGAAGAAGACAAAGAAUUGUGAGGGUGAGAUGAUGAAGUUGCUGAAGAUAGGGCUUGCUUGCACGGAACCGGAUUUUGAGAAGAGGUGUGAUUUGAAGGAGGCUGUGGAGAAGAUUCAGGAAAUUGCAGAAGAUGACUUGUUAUCAAGCACUGGUUCAAGAUGAUGAUAUACAAAUACAUGUAUAUAUAUAUAUAUAUAUAUAUUUUUUUUCUUUUCUCCACGGAAUUAAGGUUGAUUUAUCUUCAAAAUUCAUGAUUAAAAAGGGUUUUUUCUUUUCAUUUUCUUGAUAUGAAAGUUAUGAACAGUUUUGGAAGUCCAGUUGGGGAUGGGAUGUUCAUUUUUCUGAUGUAAAUGUCUUUGUUUUUCUGGCAAGGGUUCAGUCAUCUCAAUGAUUGAACUUAUUGUAGAC